AUGGUGUCCCUGGCAGAUGUCGCACAUCUGCUCGCAACUGCCCCGUCAUCAGCAGUUCUUCUACAGAAGCUUAUGGAGCUCGAAGGAGACGUCAGUUUAGCAGUUGGAGAUGCCCAUAUGGCUAGCGACACUGAGUUCCUGAGCAUAUAUUACUCGUCAUACUUCUUUGCCCUUUUGCUUGAGGACCAAAUUAAUGAAGCACAUAUGCUAAGUCGCAGACUCCCCGCGAGUCUUGCGAAAGAAGAUCUUACAAUACAAAGCACCUUAUCCCUCCUUCGAGCCGUUUGGAACAAUAACUACGAGAAGAUCUACCGUGUCAUCAGAACAACACAAUGGCCACAGAGCAUCAAGCAACUAGCUCAACAAUACCAACUCUUCUUCCAAAAUAAGACGUUUCACAAUAUCAGUCAUGCCUACGGAUCAAUCCGACCUUCAGCUGCUGCUCUCUAUUUGGGUCUUAACUCGGUAGAGGAAGAUACAAUGAGUGAUAACGCAGAUGGGACAGGCUCAGAGUUGGUUGCCCUGCUCACUGGGAAAGGUUGGGAAUGGAACGCGGAAUCGAAGCUAUUCGCUCCGAAAGUGGCAAUGCCGGUGCCUGGGGUAACUGGUUCGGAAAGUGCGGCAAUCAGAGAGUUGGUAGCACAAUUAAGAAGUCAUGGCGGUUGA